ACACUUUUCCCAGGCACGCGUUUUUUUCCCCACAGCACCGGAACUGUGAUGUCCAGGACGGAGUACUGUACCUCCCGCCCCUGGUGUUUAUGUAUAUAUUUAUUUAUUUAUCGCCCGAAUACCCAACGCAAUGAGUCGCUGGAUUCCUACGAAAAAGGAGAAAUACGGUGUUGCCGUCUAUAACUAUGAAGCGCUGGGCGAGCAGGAGCUCAGUCUGCGGGUGGGGGACACCGUGCACAUACUGGAGAUGUUUGAAGGAUGGUACAGAGGACACACACUGCGGCAGAAAUCCCAGAAGGGCAUUUUCCCAGCUUCAUACAUUCAUCUGAAAGAGGCCAAGGUUGAGGGCAGCGGCGCUGAGGAGACGGUCAUCCCCACUGACCUGCCCCUGGUUCAGGAGCUGGCAGCUACGCUGCGAGAGUGGGCACAGAUAUGGCACAAGCUAUACGUGAACAACAAGAGCACGCUGUUCCGGAGCGUGCAGCAAAUGGCCUACAGCCUGAUGGAGUACCGCUCGCAGAUCGUCUCCGGGACCCUGCCCAAGGACGAUCUGGUGGAGCUCAAGAAGAAGGUCACCGCUAAGAUCGACUACGGCAACCGGAUCCUGGGUUUGGAUCUAGUGGUUCGGGACGAGUCCGGAAACACCCUGGACCCCGACUGCACCAGCACCGUGAGCCUGUUCCGGGCCCACGAGUCGGCCUCGGCGAGCAUCAACGAGCGCAUCCAGGAGGAAAAGAGUCGUCUGCAGAACCUGGAGAUGCGGCGUCAGACUCUCUUCAGCACGGUACACACCUACAGCCUCUUGAUUAACCUCAAGAACUUUGUCUGCAACAUCGGCGAGGAUGCAGAGUUGCUCAUGUCAAUCUACGACCCUGACCAAUCAGAGGUCAUCAGUGAGAACUUCCUGGUGCGCUGGGAUAGCACAGGCAUGCCCAAAGAGAUUGAGAAACUCAACAACCUGCCAGCUCUCUUCACUGACCUGAGCAGCAGUGACCUGAUCCGUCCGCGUCUAUUCCUGGUGUGCCAGAUCAUCAGGGUGGGCUCCAUGGAGCUCAAAGAGGGCAGGAAGCACACGGGAGGGCUGAGGAGACCCUUUGGGGUGGCAGUGAUGGACAUCACGGAUAUCGCUCACGGGAAAGCUGAUGAUGAGGACAAACAGCACUUUAUCCCCUUCCAGCAAAUUGCCAUGGAAACUUACAUCCGUCAGAGGCAGCUGAUCAUGUCUCCUUUGAUUCCAUCGAAGAUUAUCGGGGAGAACGAGCCCCUCACGGCCAUCUUCAACAAGGUCAUCGCUAACCGUGAGGUCAACCAUAAAGGCCAAGGGUUGUUUGUGACUCUGAAGCUGUUGCCGGGAGACCUGGCGCAGGUGCAGAAGGACUAUUCUCACUUUCUGGACCGCUCGACGGCCAUCGUCAGGAAGAUGGGCUUUCCAGAGAUCAUACUCCCAGGGUACGUGAGGAAUGACAUCUACGUGACACUGCUUCAGGGGGAGUUUGACCGGGGCAAAAAAAAGACGCCCAAGAACGUGGAAGUGCUGCUGAGUGUCCAUGAUGAAAAUGGAACCCCAGUAGAGAAAGCCUUAUUCCCUGGAGCUGGAUAUGAUGGCAUCACCGAGUACAAAUCCGUCAUCUACUACCAGGUCAAGCAGCCCUGCUGGAACGAGACAGUCAAGGUAGCGAUUCCCAUUGAGGAUGUGUGCCAAUGUCACCUGAGGUUUAUGUUCAGGCACCGUUCGUCUCAGGACUCCCGGGACAAGUCCGAGAAGCCAUUCGGCAUGGCGUACAUGAAGCUGAUGAGGACCGACGGCACCACCCUACGGGACGGCAGACACGACCUCAUCGUCUACAAGGUGGAGAAGAAGGUGGAGGAGGCCAGCACCUACCUGACGCUGCCCGGGUCCUGGGGGGAGGUGGAGGAGCGAGAGCGUCAGACGGGGAAGUCCUUCCACCCCUCCGGCGCCAUCCCCGUCACCAAGGACAGCUUCCAGAUCGCCUCCCUCACCUGCUCCACCAAGCUCACCCAGAACGUGGAUCUGUUGGGGUUGUUGAACUGGAGGUCUAACCCCGAGGAGCUGGAGCAGAACCUUCAGAGGCUCAUGGAGGUGGAAGGGGGAGAGAUUGUCAAGUUCCUGCAGGACACCCUGGAUGCCGUCUUCAACAUUAUGAUGGACAUGUGUCAGAAGGACACCUACGACACGCUGGUGUUCAACGCUCUGGUGUUCAUCAUCUCUUUGAUCGGAGACAUCAAGUUUCAGCACUUCAACCCUGUUCUGGAGACCUACAUCAACAAGCACUUCAGCGCCACCCUGGCCUAUGUGAAGCUGACCAAAGUGCUGAAUCAUUACGUGGCGAAUGCGGAGGACCAAAAGCUGACAGAGAGGCUGUAUGCGGCGCUCAAGGCCUUUAAGUACCUCUUCAGGUUCAUCGUCCAGUCACGCGUCCUCCACCUCAGGUUUGAUGGCAACAGAGAGGACGGUGAUGCUUUCUUCAACUCCAUCCGAACACUCUUCCUGUCCAUCAACGCCCUGAUGGACAGACCCCUGGACGAGGGAGUGAAGAUAAAGGGUGCGAUCCUGAAGUACCUCCCCACUAUCAUCAAUGACCUGCAGACCGUCUUUGAUCCGGUUGAACUCAGUGUCCACCUGACCAAGUUCAUCGAGAGCAUCCCUGACUCUUACAUGGUGAAGCAGAAGAUUGGCUGCAUGUGCAAGAUAGUGGAGAGUGACCUCUUCAAGCAGCCCGAUUGCAGAGAUGUCCUCCUGCCUCUGCUGACGGACCAGUUGAGUGGGCAGCUUGAUGAUCACUCCAGUAAGCCGGACUACGAUGCCUGUGUGCAGCUCCUCAGCACCAUGCUGGACAUGCUCGACCGCAAGGACGUGGGCCCGACGGGGGAACACAUCCGGAUCAUCAUGGAGCGACUUUUACGCAGAGUCAACCGAACUGUCAUAAACAUGAAUGAGAGCUCUCCACUCAUUGGUCACUACCUGGCCUGUAUGACUGCCAUCCUGAAGCAGAUGGACGACUUGCACUACGCCCACUACAUCAACACCUUUAAGACCCUGCAGGACCUCAUCGACUUCCUGAUGGAGACCUUCAUCAUGUUUAAGGACCUGAUGGGGAAGGUGUUUCCGUCAGACUGGAUGCUGAUGAACCUGCUGCAGAUGCAGGUGUUCCUCCGGGCCACCGACCUGUACUCCGACGUGCUCAACGCUCGCUUCCUCGACCCCGCUCACUUCCACCAGCAGCUCUGGGAUAACUACUUUCAUCUGACGGUGGCCUUUCUGACCCAUAAGUCUCUUCAGCUGGAGACCUUCUCUCUGGAGAAGCGUACCAAAAUCUUCAACAGAUAUGGCGACAUGAGGAAGAACCUUGGUUUCAAGAUGAGAGACAUGUGGUACAACCUGGGCCCCCAUAAGAUGAAGUUCAUCCCGUCCAUGGUGGGGCCCAUCCUGGAGGUGACCCUCAUCCCCGAGCCCGAGCUACGCAAGGAGUCCAUCCCCAUCUUCUUCGACAUGAUGCAGUGCGAGUACAACUUCAGCCCCAGCCGCACAUUCCAAUCGUUUGAGCAUGAGCUCAUCACUAAACUGGACCAUGCUGUGGAAGGGGGGCGUGGUGAUGAGCAGUAUAAGGUCCUCCUGGAGAAAACGUUGCUGGAGCACUGCAGACGCCACCGGUACCUGGCGCAGCCUGGAGAGGAGUUGGCCCUGCUGCUCAGUAGCCUGCUGGAGAACCUGCUGGCCUACCGCACCAUCACACACGACGAGAGUCCAGAACUACGCAUGGGCUGCACCGUCAACGUGCUGAACUUCUACAAGGAGAAGAAAAGAGAAGACAUCUAUAUCCGGUACCUGUAUAAGCUGCGGGAUCUCCAACUGGACUGUGAAAACUACACAGAGGCUGCGUACACACUCUUACUGCAUGCAGAACACUUGGAGUGGUGUGACCGGCCCUGCGCCCCCCACCUGAUCCCAAGAGCGGGCUCCCAUGAGUGGACCCAACAGGAGCUGAAGGAGCGCCUCUUCCAUGAGAUCAUGUGCUACCUUGACAAGGGCAAAAUGUGGGAGAAGGCCAUUGAGAUGGGCAAGCAGCUGGGCAAGAUGCACGAGAACCAGAUGUUUGACUUCAUGGAGCUGAGCCAACUCCUCAAACAGCAAGCUCAGUACUAUGAGAACAUCAUGCACGCCAUGCGUCCCCAGCCGGAGUACUUUGCUGUGGGCUACUACGGCCUUGGGUUCCCCAGAUUCCUCAGAAAUAAGAUGUUCAUCUACCGGGGGAAGGAGUAUGAGUGGUUAGAGGACUUUAGCCUGAAGCUGCUGUCUCAGUUCCCCAACGCAGCCAGGAUGACCAGCACAUCGCGUGCUGGUGACGACCUCUGCAAUUCACCGGGCCAGCACAUCCAGUGUUUCACCGUCAAGCCGGUGCUCACCUUGCCCCAGCAGUUCAAGGACAAGGGAGUUCCCGAACAAAUCCUCAAUUACUACCGGACCAAUGAGGUGGAUAAGUUCCAGUACUCCAGGCCAUUCAGGAAAGGCGAGAAGGACCCAGACAACGAGUUCGCUACCAUGUGGAUUGAGAGAACCACGUACAUCACGGCCUACAAGUUCCCUGGGAUUCUGAAGUGGUUCGAAGUGAAGUCCAUCUCUGUGGAGGAGAUCAGUCCCCUGGAGAACGCCAUAGACACGAUGGAGCUGGCCAAUGAGAAGCUGAGUAACCUGGUGCAGCAGCAGACAUGUGACCGCACACUGGCCGUCCACCCACUCUCCAUGAUGCUCAACGGCAUCGUUGACCCCGCCGUGCAGGGUGGCUUCGCCAACUACGAGAAGGCUUUUUUCACAGAGAAGUACAUGCAGGAGCACCCAGAACAUCGGGAGCGCAUCGACGUACUCAAGCACCUCAUUGCUCUGCAGAUUCCUCUGCUGGACGACGGGAUCCGUAUCCAUGGCGAGAAGGCCACAGAGCAGCUGAAGCCGCUACACAACCGCAUCGUCAGCUGUUUCCAGGACCUCCGCACGAAGGUGGAGAAACUCUAUGGGGUCAUCACUCUGCCCUGCUCUCUGACCCAGGGGAAGAAAAGUCGCGUGGGCUCGGUGGUGAUGCCAUACAUCAUGUCCUCCACGCUUCGCCGCAUGUCUACCAUUUCCACCCUAAGCUCCGCCUCCUCCGGCCUCUCCAGUGGCUCCGCCUCCUCAGAAGGACAGCCCUCACGCCCCCCCUCCCAGGACUGCAUGCUGUCUGAGCGUCGGGCAUCGGCUCUGCCUCGUGUUGAAGACGACUCGCGCAUCGGCAGGAAGAACAGGAAGGAAUGGAACGUCAGCAAAUCACAGGUGCUGCUGGAGCGGAACGACGCAGACCAGACUCUUCCAGAGAGGCAGCAGAGGCCAAAGAGUCUGCAGCUGGGGGAUCGCAAGCUCGCACUGUCACUGUUCCAGGGAGACUCCGCACAGCAGAACAUUCUGCAACUCCCCUCGUCUCCAUACACACCGCGCAGCUCCAGCUAUACCUGGCUGCCAGAGGAUGGCACUGUUUCUGCACCCAGUCCAAGCACACCACCCCCCAUGCCCCCCAAGAAGCACCCGCACGAGUCAGACUUUCCCCUCAACACUGCAGAGUUUACUCCUCCAUUACCGACGAAGGUUGACGGCAAACCCCCUCCUCCUCCUCCCAAAACCCGCAAGUCCAUGUUCCCCUCUUACGAGCACAGCCUCUAGUGAUCUCCCUCUUACUGCCCCCUACUGCCCUGGAGACCUCAUUACACCUGUCCUGCACCUGAUCCUGGGCGUUCAGUUCUUCCAGCCUCCCCACACCACUCACUGGGCCUCUGCAGCCUCUGCCCCCAACACUGGGGCACUUAAGACCAUUCUGCCCCAACACUGGGGCACUAUGGACCAUUCUGCCCCCAACACUGGGGCACUUAAGACCAUUCUGCCCCCAAAACUGGAGCAGUUCGAACCAUUCUGUUUCCACAGCAGGGCAGUUUGGACAAUUCUGUUCCAACACCAGGGCAGUUUGGACACAGAAACAGCUAAUGCCUUACUGAGCUCUAGGGGUGGUCUCUGGCGGUGUGUGUGUGUGUGUGUGUGUGUGUGUGUGUGUGUGUGUGAGUGAGAGACAGAUAUAGAGACAGAAACAGCUAAUGCCUUACUGAGCUCUAGGGGAGCUUAUUAGAAUUAUUCAGGAGAUUUUUUACCUUGAUAAUUUGAUUUUGUAAUCAGAAUUGGUUUUGUAUAUGUUCUUGUACUACUGUGUGUGUGUGUGUGUGUGUGUGUAUGUGUGUCUGUGUUGCUUCUCCACUGGACACCUGCUACUUUUAGGCUUUUAUAAGGGAAAAUGUACUUGAAAUGGGGACGAUGGCCAUGCAGCAUUUUGAUGAACUUUUGAUUCCAGUGAAGUUCCUGUGGCACUUUAGCUCCGCGUGGGCUCUACCGAGAAGCCUUCCUCUCCACACACACACACUCCUCCCAGGACUACACACACACACACACACUCCUCAGAGGACUACUCACAGACACAUUCACUCAAUGCUCCAAGGAUUCCACACAAACACACUCAGAGGAUUCCGCACACACACUCCUCUGAGGAUUACACACACACACACACACACACACACACACAUACAUACAUACACUCAUCUAAGGACUACACACUCACUCCUAAGAACUUAAAAAACACACUCGCCUCUGGGGUCUACACACAUUGACACACUCCUCCGAGUACUCGUCACACACACAGCAUCAGAACACACUAAGCCAGCAUCACACACACACACACACACACACACACACACACACACUCUCUGCACAGUGGGAUGUGGUGUGUUAAGUGCCUGUGGGUCUCCCUCCUUCUGCGUCUGACUGAAAUCAGCACUGGAAUCUCUCUCUGGCCACGUAGCUUCUCCAUGCAGCGUUUGAGCAACAAACAGACCAAGCUAUGCGCUUUGCAACAGAUGUUUAUAUUUUUUCACAGUGUGCAUUUUAGGUACUCUCCUGCUGCCCCGCACUUCAUUGGCUAGCUUCACCUAACGCUGAAGCUCCUGAGUCAUUCCUCAUUGGCUAGCUUCACCUAACGCUGAAGCUCCUGAGUCAUUCCUCAUUGGCUAGGUUCACUUAACGCCUCAGUCAUUCCUUAUGAAUUGUAUUCCUACUUUGUCCUUCCAUUUCCAAGCAGGUUCCAAUGGCACAAAGCAUGAUUUCAGGAUAGUGGGGAUGAAAAUGCAGUUUGAGUAUUUUACACCUUAAGAGUAAAUAGACUUGUUAUAUGGAACAUGUGGAAGAGACAAGUUGUAUUUAAUGUGUUCCUUAAAAGCAAAACCAGCUUAUGGUGAAACGGGCAAUAUUAGGGAAACUAGCCUGACGGUGUGAAAGUAAUAUUUGGGAAAAUUGCCUGACGGUGUUUUUUUUUUUUCUUCUUUCUUUGAGAUACUGUAUGAGUACAAAUGUGCAAGAUUAUUUUAAACUGAAUAUUUUUGUAAACAAAAAAUGGUUAACCAAACAAUUGCAAAUUAAAGAUGUGUCUAAUUGAGACAUGAAAACGAUCAG